CCCCACACAGUUUCUUAGCUUCAGCGCAGCAACAGUACUCUCUCUCUGCGAAUUCAAGUUUGACAUGACGACGCCGGAGAGCGAUCCUCAACUAGAUCCAACGGCGGCGCAGAAUUUUCCAUUCUCUCUCCCUCCGUACCCUAAGAUGAUUAUGGAAGCGAUCGAAGCAUCCACCGACCCUUACGGAUGCAACAAAACGGCGAUUGCAAAACACAUCGAAUCAACCAAGAUCACUCUACCUCCAUCUCACAUGACGCUUCUCAGUUACCAUCUCAAUCAAAUGAAACAAUCAGGUCAGCUCAUGGUUUUCAAAAACAAUUACAUGAAACCAGAUCCUAAUGGUCCUCCUAAACGUGGCCGUGGCCGUCCUCCGAAACCUAAACCAGAAGCCGGUUCAAGCCACGUGGCGACGGUUCCAGCUCCGUCAGCUUCUCCGUCGAGGCCUCGAGGUCGUCCUCCAAAGUCUAAGGAGGCUCCGUCGGAGCCAAAAGAAAAAGUACCGAGUGUUUCGGGAAGGCCACGUGGACGACCACCGAAGAAGCAGAAGACGGAAUCAGAGACGGUUAAUGCGACGGAUGCACCGACGGCUAAGCCUGAAGGUGAGCGUAGAGGUCGUGGAAGGCCACCGAAAGUGAAACCAGCUAUGGUGCCUGUUGGUUGUUAGAGUAAAAUGCAAAUGCUCCUUCGAUAGAAAGAUAGUUUUUUAAAAAAAUAAAAUUUAGUAUUUUCCUAAUUUCGUUUUAAUCGUGUAGUUUUAAAUUUAAUUGUGUGUGUUCGUUAUUGUUUAGGUGGUUGAUUAGAGAAUGUAAUUCGACUUUGCAUUUGGUGUGUGAUGUAAAUUUCGGGUCAUAACCCUUUUAUAAA